CUUCAAGAGAAGGGAAAGAAGGUGGAGGGAGGGAGCUUUCCAGUCUCUAAGGUCAUGCAGCUCAUCCUCCUCCUUAUCUCUACUCCAGGCUUCUUCUGAGGCUCUGGGGAUAUUAGGAAGAAAGGACCAAGUUUUGCAGCUGAGGAACAGGGAGACACAUCUGUGCCCUGGUCCUUGAGCAGCCUCUCAAGGCUCUGAGCCUCAUGGCCCUCCUGCCACCCUGAGGAAUCUGCACUGUUCGGAGGGUGUGAGCCGCUGGGAGCGGGCUCAGCCCCACCUGCUCUGCCUCUGUUCAUCUCCUCAGAGUGUGCCUUCGUUUCCUCAUCUCACAGGAUGGAAAUGGCCUGGAAGAGGCAAAGGGUCCUCUCUCCACUGAAAGUACCUGUGAGCAGGGGUUGGGGAUGCACAAGGCAACCACCAGCCUGACCCAUCAGCCUCAUGUGCCAGCUGAAUAAGGAGGCCACUCAUCAGAGCGGGCAGCAUUCUCAGUCCUAGGAGAAGAGCCCUCUGCGUGGUCCUGCAGCCCCCCCCCAACCCCCAUUCCAUAGCCUGCAUUUUUCUAAUGUUGGGAGUUUGAGUCCAGGGAAGUGCUGCUUGAGCCAGCAGUCAGCAGACAGGCCCAUGAGAUGGUGAGUCAGGCCCAGGCCUGCGCUGGGACAGUUCCAAGUCAUUCUUUUUCAGGUCUAGUGACAAAACCCUGGAUCUCACCAACUGGGACUGUCUGAAGAACUGGGACACUCCUGGGCCUGCUCAGCCCUUGAGUGACAUUGUCUGACUUCUUCCAGCCAAGACUUCCUUGUUCACUCACCAAGGAGGCAGACAGACUUCUGAGAUGCCCCCCAGACCCACUGUAGGCAGUGCUGUGCCUUGGGACCACCCAGGGGAGCCACUUCUCAGCACUAACAUCACCACUGUGGUUUUUCCCAUCCUUGGCAUCUUCACCCAUUACGGCUGGGGGAGAGAGAGAGGGAGCUACCAGGGCUGUCUGAAGUGACAAAGCUUCAGGUUGGACUUGAACUUCUUGCAUCUAGGCAAAUUGGCAUGGUGAUGCAUCCACCUAUACAAGUUAUAGAGUGGCUCACCCAGGGGCCGUGCAUCUGUCGCCGGCAGCAGAAGGGAGGAGAGCCCUUCUCAACAGGCUCCAGCAGACUGGGGCUCAGAGGACCAGCCUCUCCUGCUAUCUUCUGAGCCCGAUUCUUCUUGGCCAUCACCUCUCCCCUCUGCCAUGGCGGCUAUCACGGACCUCUCCUUUAUGGACUUGUAUUUCAAGAACUGCAAUCUGGUCCGCAACCUCUCGGACAAGUACGUCUUCAUCAUGGGCUGUGACUCGGGAUUCGGGAACCUCCUGGCCAUGCAGCUGGUUGAUCGGGGCAUGCGGGUGCUGGCUGCUUGCUUCACUGAGGAGGGGGCCCAGAAGCUUCAGCAGGAUACCUCCUACCAGCUGGAGACCACCAUAUUGGAUGUCACCAAGACUGAGAGCGUCAAAGCAGCAGCCCAGUGGGUGAAGGACCAAGUGGGAGAGCAAGGCCUCUGGGCCCUGGUGAACAAUGCUGAUGUAGGCCUGCCCAAUGGUCCCAAUGAAUGGCUGACCAAGGAAGACUAUGUGAAGGUGAUCAACGUGAACCUGGUGGGACUGAUCGAAGUGACUCUCCAUAAGCUGCCCAUGGUCAAGAAAGCCCAGGGCAGGGUCAUCAAAAUGUCCAGCUCUGGUGGCCAUGUGGCUAUCACUGGUGGCGGCUACUGCGUCUCUAAGUUUGGCGUCGAGGCCUUCUCUGACAGCAUCAGGCGUGAGCUCCACUACUUCGGGGUGAAAGUCAGCAUCAUUGAGCCGGGGAACUACCAGACAUCCAUUCUGGGCAAGAAGGACCUGGAGGGCACGGAGAAGAGCAUGUGCAAGCUGUGGGAGCGGCUGCCUCAGGAGACCCGCGAGAGCUAUGGAGAGGAGUACUUCCAUAUCUAUACUGACAAGUUAAAGAACACGAUGCAGCUGGCAGAGUCAAGGAUCAGUGAAAUCACUAACAGCAUGGAGCACGCUACUGUUUCCCGGAACCCCCGCAUCCACUACAACCCUGGCCUGGAUGUCAAACUCCUCUACCUCCCCUUGGCUAAGUUUCCCACCCCUGUGACAGAUUUCAUCCUGAGGCGGUACCUUCCAAGGCCAGCAGACAGUGUCCGAGCUGGGGAAGCCCAAGGGGUGGUCAGUGGAGUAUGGAGGGGAAGGCACUGUAGGGUCACAUGAGGGGGUAUCAGAUGUUCUGGGGACACCUUGCUUGGCUGACACCUACCUGUUGGUGGUGAAUUUAUGGAUAACUUCUAACAGAAGGUGUUCCUACUCACUGGGGCCUCACAGAAACCUGAGGGGGCCUUUACAGGUUCAAAGACCUGCAGCCUGGCCCCAAGAACAUCUGUCACCCAAUCAGGAUAUGGCUUUUUCUUGACCUGGAGGAGUCAAGGAGAGGAAAACUAGUUCCUGCUGAAUCAUGAGCCUCCCUCAGUUAUCACCACCACUGGGAAAUUUUGUGGGAUUAUGUAGCCCACAGGAGAACUCAACCACUUUCCUCUCGUGUCUCUAAAUAUGCAUUAACCUUAUUCACAUAAACCAUUAUUUGAAGUAUGUAGUAGGACAAACAGGGAGGGCAAGAUUAUAUCAUGCAAAAGUUUAUCAUAGUAUUUUCUCUCUCUUUUAUGGAUUUCUAUAUCCAUAGGUGAUUGGGACUCCCAUGAAGUAACACUCGUUUGUUUAAUCACCAUUGAUUAAUUCUUCAAAUAUUACCUGAGUGCCUACUAUAGACGAGGCCCUGUGUAGGUGCUAGAAGCAUAGAAAUAUGAUUGAAUCAUGGUCUUGGUUUUUCCCUCUUUAUUUUGUGGUUUUGUUUUUGUAUUUUAGCACAAUAUCUAGUAGCAGAGACAGGAUAGCGAUAGAAGAAACAGAAAUCAGAAAAUCAAAUUUUUGGAGCUACGAGGAACACUAGAGUUUAUCUAAUUCAGUAGUUCCCCAGCUUGGCUGUGUAUAUCAUAAUCACCUGGUUAAUUAAAACACAGAUUCCUGGGC